CAGGAGCAGGGACGGGAGCAAGCCCGGCGCCUCCAGCUUUGAUGCCGGUCAGAGACCCACCAAGACGGCUGGUGCUGGUGAGGGCAUUCAGUCGUCACCCGCUCGCCCGUCAAAUCGGAGGAAACAUGGAGACCCGGACGCCGGAACUGCGGGGCUUGUCACACAAGCGCACCAGGACCAGGAGCGCCGGGCUGGCAGCCCCACCCCGAGUGCCAAGCGGGAAGGCUCGCGAUCUAGGAGUGUUUCGCCUCCCAAGCGAUCCAAGGCCCGGCCCACAUCCACCCCAGCUAUGGAUGACAGCCGUGCCGAGUUCGACAGAGGUUCCUUUCAGAAGGGGAAGCUUUGGAGCCCUGACGAUGACGCUGCUUCGCCAAGGCCCCGCCCAUACGAUAAGGCCAACGUAGCAACCCAUCAGCGUCAGCGUGUCUCGUCGAGUUCGCAAGCUAAACCCCAUCGGCAGUCGCAUCCGCCUCCGCCGUCUGACCCCUGGCCCCCGGCUUCAGCAGACGACGAGCCGAUUGAGAUUAUCAAGCAACCUGAAACCAGGCCCAUAUCUCAGGAACAACUUGUUGCUGAAGUCAAAGGCAUCUACGCGGGACUCGUCAUGGUGGAGAGCAAGUGUAUCGAGGUUGACAAUGCCCAGAGCUCGCAAAACGAUGCCGCAAACAAGCUCAACAAUGAGCAGUGGCAGGCGUUGAUUGCUCUCCACCGGACAUUGCUCCACGAACAUCACGACUUCUUUCUAGCCUCCCAGCAUCCUUCUGCGAGUCCGGCAUUGCGAAGACUUGCUGCCAAAUACGCCAUGCCUGCGCGUAUGUGGAGGCACGGCAUCCACAGCUUUCUCGAACUCUUGAGGCAUCGCCUUCCAGCUAGUCUGGAUCACAUGCUGACAUUCAUCUACCUGGCAUACUCGAUGAUGGCUCUCCUUUACGAGACGGUGCCCGCCUUUGAAGACACUUGGAUUGAAUGCCUGGGGGACCUCGGCCGGUAUCGUAUGGCGAUUGAGGACGACGAUGUGCGCGAUAGAGAGGUUUGGACAGCUGUUAGCCGUCACUGGUACUCCAAGGCCUCCGACAAGGCCCCUACAACCGGGAGGCUCUACCACCAUUUGGCGAUCCUUGCUCGUCCUAAUGCCCUGCAGCAACUCUAUUACUAUACGAAGUCGCUGUGUGUUGACAUGCCCUUCGCCUCCGCGCGCGACAGCAUCAUGACACUUUUUGACCCUAUCAUGGCACCAACCCCAAAUCUACAGCAAUCCAGGCUGCCACCGACCGAAUUCGCUUGCGUAAAAGCACACGGCAUCUUGUUCAGCGGCAAGCAGCAGGGAGAGCUAGAAGCCUCGAUGAACGAGUUUUUCCAACAUCUUGAUAGUCAUAUUGGCCGUACCACGCGAAGGUGGCUUGAGUCUGGGUAUCUACUUUAUCGGCAUCUCAAAUUGCUGCGCUGUCAUUGGCUAUGGGACUGAGGGUAACCCAAUCUUCAAAGCCAUCAAGGGAACUCGUCCCAACGAUGAAUCGCAGGACCAGCCCAUGCACGAGAGUGGUGUGGAGCCAGCUUUGCCCAAGGAGCUGGCUGAUGCCCUUCAUCUCUUCAAUGGGACAUACAACGUUGUUUCGCGGCGGUUUGGCGACCCUAACAUCCUUUCUUACCUUCA